CGGCGUGCCACCCCAUCUCAUCUCGUCUCGAUCGCUCGUGUGUCACGGGUGUCUAUAUACGGCAGGGCCCCCAUCCCGUCUUGUUCCAGCAACAAGCCAUCAUCUUCGUCUUUCUACCGAUCGAUCCAUUUCUUAGAUCAGUAGUAGUGGGAGAAGCUAAGGAAGCAGCGCAAGCAAUGGAGCUCCCCCGGAAGCUCUUCUCGGCCGUCCUCCUCGUGCUGCUGCUGCUCGUGGCCACAGAGGUUGGCGGGCCGGUGGGCGUGGCGGAGGCGCGCACGUGCCUGUCGCAGAGCCACAGGUUCCGGGGCCCCUGCGUGCGCCGGGCCAACUGCGCCAACGUCUGCAGGACGGAGGGCUUCCCCGACGGCAAGUGCCGCGGCUUCCGCCGCCGCUGCUUCUGCACCACGCACUGCCGGGAGUGAUAUGUAUCAUCGGGCCAGUGGAUCGGAUCGUGCGUGCCUUCCUUUUAAUUCUGCUGCCGCCGCCUGCCGGUGUUGAAUAAUCGGCGGCCUAGCUAGUAGUGUGCCCGUGUGUCUUUUUUUUAAAAAAAAAUUGCAUCGCUCUGUUUAGUAAUGAUGAAGGUUUUGAUUUUUUUUU